AUGGCCAGCGAACAGGAUCACAUCACUCCUGACAGCAGGCGUCCGGAGCAGGAUGAAGCAACUCGAGAGAAGACGGAGAUUCAAAACGACGAAAAGAAGGUUGGCUUGAAUUCGGACAUUGAGAGGACCAUUAGCAUCAUCGACGAUGAAAAUGAUGGCGACUACGACGUUAGGAAGGAGAAUCGCUUUGGCGAGGUCACCGUCAUCGACAAUGCAAAGGAUCUGAUCACACACGUUUUGCAUGUCGACGACAACCCAAAUGAUACCCCAUGGACAUUUCGCGCGAUUCUUAUUGGCCUCAUCCUCUGCAUCUUCUCGUCCGUACUGCAGGAGAUAUUCUACUUCAAGCCUCAGGUAAUCUACGUAUCCGUGGUGUUCCUCACUGUCAUUGCAUACAUUCUCGCGAUGCCAUUCCAACUUAUCCCACGACCUGAGGGCAACGGCAUCAUAUCCCGGAUAUGCCGUUUCCUCAACCCCGCCGAGUUCAACUCCAAAGAGCACGCUUUCAUGGUAAUCAUGGGAUCAGCAGGCUCAACCUCUGCAGUAGCAACGCAAAUCCUCGCAGCACAGCGACUCUACUACGGAUCGAACCCGAAUCAAGGUGCCGCCAUCUUUCUCGUCAUCGCCUCGCAGUUUCUGGCGUACGGCAUCGCGGGCCUCCUCCGAACGGUGCUUGUGCAGCCAGUCAAGAUGCUUUGGCCGAUUAAUAUUCCCGUCAACACGCUGCUGGAGACGUUGCAUCGCGACAAGGCCGAGACGAAGCAGCGCCUCAAGUAUUUCUCGUACGUCUUUAGCGGCGCCUUCUUCUGGGAGAUUAUCCCGCUAUGGAUCGCGCCCAUUUUCCAGGGCAUCUCGAUCCCGUGCCUGGCCCGGCAAGAUAGCCUGGUGUUUACCAACCUGUUUGGAGGAGCGCAGAACAACGAGGGACUCGGUUUUCUUGGCCUCUGCUUUGACUGGAACUACAUUGCUGGACUGAAUUCGCCUCUCUGGUUUCCUCUAUAUACACUGGUCAACAGCUUUGUCGGAUACCUGUUGUGCAUUGUGCUAUUCAUGAGCAUUUACUACGGAAACAUCUGGCGGUCUGGAGACUUCCCCUUUCUAUCGCAGUUGCUUUACGACGGCUCAUCUAACGCGACCAAUUUUGUCGAGUACAAUCUCACGGCUGUUCUGAACCACGAUAACACCAUCAACAGCACUCUUGUUGCCCAACAAGAGUUUCCGUAUCUCUCUGGAACAUACGUGGUCUAUCUCCUCACCACAAACAUCGGCAUUACGGCCGCGAUUGUUCAUAUGCUGCUGUGGAAUUACGACGAUAUCAAGAAUGGCUGGGCAUUCUUGCACCCUUCCAAUUUCAAGAACCUUCUCAAGCCAUCAACAUACGCCUUCUGGAACAAGGAUGAAAACGAUGCAGAGGUUCGACGGCAACUCGUUCUGGAAGACGAAGAGAUGGACCCUCACUACAAGCUGAUGAUGCAAAAUGGAUAUGCCGAAGUGCCAAAUUGGUGGUACGGAGUCGUUCUCCUCCUGUCCUUUGUGAUUGGUAUUGCCACGCUGUACGCGAUCAAGUCCACGCUGCCUUGGUGGGGAUUCAUUGUGUCCAACAUUUUUGCCGCGCUCUUCAUCCUCUUCUUUGGUGCUCAGAUGGGGCUUACCGGGUUCCAGUUCAACCAGCAGCCCGUUAUCCAGAUGCUGGGCGGUUAUCUGCUGCCGGGAAAGCCAUUGGCCAACAUGUACUUCACCGUCUUUGGUUUCAACGGUAUUCAGCAAGGCCAGUGGCUGCUUCGCGAUCUAAAGUUGGCUCAACUGGCCCAUUUGCCGCCCAAAGCCACCUUCUUUGCUCAGAUGCUUGGUACCGUCAUUGGCGCCAUCAUGGACUACGUGAUGAUGGUGAGCAUUGUAGACAACCAGACGGAGGUGCUUCUGUCGAUUGAUGGAACCAACAUCUGGUCAGGCCAAAACGUCCAAGGCUACAACACUCUUGCCGUGGCCUGGUCCCUAGCCAAAGACAUGUUCUCAGUUGGUAGCCGCUACCAAUGGGUUACGUUGGCAUAUCUUCUCGGCUUCGCAGCUCCGAUACCGUUCUGGCUGGCCUGGAAGCUGACGAAACGCGAGAUAUUUCGCGAUGUGAAUACGUCCAUCAUUAUCUGGUACGCUGGAGUGCUUUGCGUCGGCGUCAACUCGUCGCUGCUCAUGUUCUUCGGCCUCGGAAUCUUUGCCCAGUUUUACCUUCGCCGCUACCACCCCGCCCUCUUCAUCAAGUACAACUACUUAAUCUCUGCCGCAAUGGACGGUGGCACACAGGUCAUUGUCUUUAUCCUCAGUUUCGCUGUUCUGGGUGCCAGCGGAAAGUCGUACAACUUUCCCACGUAUGCUCUGAACAAUGGUGGUACGAACAACGACAAGAACAUUGACUACUGCAUGUUUAACGUUGCCAGUGGCGCUUAA